GGCACUGGGAGACUGUGUGCCUAGCUGAGGAAAAUAAUUAAACAUGGGCAAAGGAGAUCCUAAGAAGCCGAGAGGCAAAAUGUCAUCAUAUGCAUUCUUUGUCCAAACUUGCCUGGAGGAGCACAAGAAGAAGCACCCAGAUGCUUCCAUCAACUUUUCAGAGUUUUCUAAGAAGUGUUCAGAGAGGUGGAAAACUAUGUCUGCUAAAGAUAAAGGAAAAUUUGAAGACAUGGCAAAGGCUGACAAGGCCCGUUAUGAAAGAGAAAUGAAAACUUAUAUCCGUCCUAAAGGGGAAACAAAAAAGAAGCUCAAGGAUCGCAAUGUACCCAAGGGGUCUCUUUCGGCCUUUUUCUUGUUUUGUUCUGAGUAUCGCCCCAAAAUCAAAGGAGAGCAUCCUGGCCUGUCUAUUGGUGAUGUUGCAAAGAAACUGGGAGAGAUGCGGAACAACACUGCUGCAGAUGAUAAUCAGGCUGCCAAGCUGAAGGAGAAAUACGAAAAGGAUAUUGUUGCAUACCGAGUUAAAGAAAAACCUAAUGUGACCAAGAAGGGAGUUGUUAAAGCUGAAAAGAGCAAGAAAAAGAAGAAAGAGGAGAAAGAUGAAGAAGAUGGAGAGGAUAAGGAAGAAGAGGAGGAUGAAGAAGAUGAAGAUGAAAAAGAAGAUGAUGAUGAUGAUGAAUAA